CCUAUCAUCUCAAGACUUGAUUGAUGUGUAAAAGGGUUGCACCUCUUUGGAUUCAAGCACCUGAUGCAUUUGACAGGUUCUGAUGGCUUCCAUUUCGUAGGAUUCAUAUCAACCAAGUAAAAUUGGCAUUUGUCUUUUACAGUAUAUUGACAGAAAUUUGAUCCAAGCCUUCUUAGAUUUGUGCUUAUCUAUAACCAGAUUUGAAUUUAAGCAUUUUAGUUCUUUAUAUGAAAUUAUUUAGGAGUCAAUGUAGAUCUUUAAUAAGCUUAAUCUGUGUUUUGGAACUCAAAUGCCCCUGGCAGAGAGGGAUCUGUGGAAUAUCCCAUUUCUUUAUUGAGUGUUGCCCUGCCCAUGUUGAAGUGUGCUGCCCUCCAACAUGAACUCAUGGUGAUUGGGGAAAUAACUAGUAGCUGCAAAAGUCAGAUCAUUGAUAAAGGCCAACCGCAAAGCAGUGCAGUGCCCUUGCGAAAUAGCCACAUGUAGAUGUAACAAUGUGUUUUACACACUUUAAAGACUGCACUUUUGUUCAAGGCUUUUAUUGAUGGUGGGAAUCAGAUGGAGACUGGUGAAAUGAAGCCAGGGGUGAAGGGUGGAGAUGGGUGUUGAAUCCUGGUCUGUGGCUUGGGGCUGCAAUGUGCUUGGAGCCAAGAGCGUUAGCACUGGACCACGGCUCUGCCCAAGGCUGUAUUGGCAUCGCACACACAGUCAUCUUGGAAUGAUUUUAGUUCUUUUGAUACACCAUCCAAUUAUGUUUUAGUGCAUCUAGCGGUGGGUCUCCGUUACAUCGACCGUAUGAUCCUGCUUCUUAGGCCUGUCAUUGUGUGAAAAUACAGCUGGCUUAGUUACAAGCUGCUGGGUGGAGGUUCCCCGAGGAGAGGCUCAGCCAAAUCCAAGUCACAUCGAGUCAGAGAGACUAGCUUGUAACUGACAAAGCUGCGAAGGAUGUGAAGUGCAACAAAUGGAUACAAAUAUCCUGAUAUUUAGUCUCUGUAGGUGAGUAAUACUAAUGCAAGCCUGGUCAUAUUCAGUAACAACAUUCUGUACACUUCUUUUUUUUUUUUAUGACAAAGCUGUCAUUGGAAUUAAGUUGAAAGAUUGAUGGAAACACAUUUGCAAAAGAGUAUAACAAAACGAACACAAUGUGCACACCAACGUGUCGUGACACGCUGCUUUUUAUCCACAAAAUGUUUGGUGGAAACCGGUAGAGAAUUGUCUUUAUUAAUACAUUAUCUUUAUGCCUAUUUUAGAAAACCGAACUGGAUCAACCAUUGUGCUCUUAGCCACAGUAGGCGAAAGGUUGAGUGAAGUCCCACCCACUUCAAGGCUCACACUAGGUCCCACUUAAAUCCACCUCAUGUUAUUGUUGUCCAUGUUCCGAUUAAUGGAUGUCAGUCCAGUGAUUAGUGUGGAAAGGAGGCAUCACAUGACCAGGUGAAAGAGCUUACAGUGCGAGAACUGAGAGGUCUGCUCCGUCUGGAGCUCAAGGUUGGCCAUCUGUAUCGCACUAGACCAGGUGGGCGGUUGCUUGGGAGGGCCACACUAUGGCCAGCACUUCCAAGAAAUUGGGUGAGAAUCCGCCGGGGAUGAGUAAAUCGAUUCUGAAAGCAGCAAAGGGCGAUAACACCAGAUUUGAUGCUGAUGAGAUUAAGAGGCUAGGAAAGAGAUUUAAGAAACUCGACCUAGAUAACUCCGGCUCAUUGAGUGUGGAAGAGUUUAUGUCCUUACCGGAGCUCCAACAAAAUCCCCUUGUACAACGAGUUAUUGAUAUAUUUGACACCGAUGGCAAUGGGGAAGUCGACUUUAAAGAAUUCAUUGAAGGUGUCUCACAGUUCAGUGUCAAAGGGGAUAAAGAGAUGAAAUUACGCUUUGCCUUCAGGAUCUACGACAUGGACAAGGAUGGGUACAUAUCCAAUGGAGAACUCUUCCAGGUCCUCAAGAUGAUGGUGGGAAACAACUUAAAGGACACCCAGCUUCAGCAGAUUGUUGACAAAACUAUCAUCAACGCAGACAAAGAUGGCGAUGGGAGAAUAUCCUUUGAGGAGUUUUGUGCGGUGGUGGGAGGAUUAGACAUUCACAAAAAAAUGGUUGUGGAUGUGUGACUGACCUCACAGGCCCUCUUGCAACCCUUUCUGCUUCUCCAUUUCUGAUGAUCUGCUCAAGACGUCAUCCAGCAACGCUCUGUGUUUUCAAAGGAAAUCUUUAAUUUUUUCUCUGUGAAGCUGAUGUUUUUCCCAACCCAAGCCUUCAGAAGCCAACCUUUUUAAGUGUUAUUGAACAUGAAUUCUCUCAAUAACCCGGUGUAGCACUUUAAAAGCCUGAAGGACAGCUUUUUAUCGUUGAGCGAGCAUUUUCAGUUUGGAUGAAGUUCAGUGUGUCUGUUUCUUUUUUGAGGCAGUUGGGAUUUAAAAAAAUGCAUUUUGGUUGUUUUUUUCAGGAAGUAUCUUAGGGGGAUGUGUGUAGUUAGCUGUGACGUAACUUGAUGUACUUGAUUACAACACAUAGAGCAUGAAGUGCCAAUUAGAAAAUACACCAGUGGACUAUAAUGGAAUCCUGUAUAUCUGCUAGUAAUAUUUGGGAGAAUUGCUUAUUUUCACGUGCCUGCAGCACGAUUCAAAUGAUCGCUAUAGUUUUCAGGGCUAUUUUGUUCCUUCUACUUUCACUCAAUCAACAUGUUUAUUUUAAACAUCUAAGUUCCUCUUUUUGUAAUAAGGAGAUUGUGCACUAUACAUGGUUUUGUCAGGGACUUCUAUGUUCUUGCUUUCAAAGACAGGAAAAUAUUUUAAUUUCUGCACAUACAAGCUUACAGUUUACUUCAAAUACAUGUCUUGGUUGAGGCUGUGAUGGACUUUGAGAAUCAUGUUCACCUUAGAAAGACUCCUAUGCCCAACAGAGAGCACAGUUGUCUUCAUUCUAGACAGCUUACCAGCACAGGUCAUUUUGAAUAUUCUUGUAAAUGUUUUUGUAUUUAUUACUUUAAUGUCAGCCAGGUUUAGUUACAGAUAUAGUGUAGGUUGGCUACAGACUGUCAUAUAGUUGUAGCCUAGAUAUAAGUGCUUUUUCUUCCUAAUGUUUGUGAUAUGGUAAAGCUUGCUUUAUGGGUUACAUUUCCCAACUUGACUGCAGACAGAGCUGAGCCAAUGUUGAGGUGGUAGGCUUUAUUCGGGACAUUGAGGGAUGUUAAGUUGGGUAGGCUUAUGAUGAGUGAUGAUUUCAAAGUACACAUUUUGCCUUGUUGACAAUGUGAUUUGCUUCUAUUUCAAGAACAUCUUUAAUUUGUUUUCUCAAGCAUAGUAUGGACUCUUGCCGUAAGUUGACGUGAGUGAGAAGUAGCAGAUCUGCUGUCUUCCUCCCCACCUCCAAUCAUUCAAAUCUUUGGGGGGUUUUGCUUUGUGGAGAAGAUUUUAUUACAAAGCCACCAACAUCUUUUUUACACAGCGAUAGGGGACAUGAAACAACAAGUCUCUUUCUAUCCAUACAUUUUCUUGAAUGAAAUGGUAUUUCAAUUUGUGUGCUGUUUUGCUCAACCGAAUGCUCCAAUGGGCGUGGAUUCAAGUGCGUGACCCUCUACCGCAAGCGCCUGCCCACCUCGCACUGCUGUUUUCUUCAAUGGAGGCCUGUACAACAAUGGAUCUUCUAUGUUCCCGAAAGGUCCUAAAGUCUUGUGAUGUGCUUGCAUGACAUGGGGGAGUUCGCUCUUAUUUUAAAAUAUUUUUUUUGCAUGUAGAUCAGUGUUUUUUUUAAGCUAUUCUUGUUUACAUAUAAAUUGUCGUUAAUAUAAUAUAAUAAAUGAAAAUGAUAUUUACAUGGAUGUUGCCAAAAAAAAUUGGUAAAUGUUGAAAUAUGGAAAUGACUAAAAGUAACUCCACUACAUGUAAAUGUUAUUCUAAACAACUAUAAUCUUUUGGAUCUGUGUAUCACUUAUUCCAGCAAAGCUUAAUUUAUGCCCCAGAGUCAACUGCCAGAUGCUGUUUUUCCAGAAAGGAAACCAUUUGUAAUUUUUCUUUGUUUUGUACAGAUAUGUUAUAAACAUAAGUGCUCCCUCCUUAGUGAUAAUUUUUUUUGGUCAAUGCGAAAUGUAUUAUAAUAUCACUUGGAUAAAAGGUGUGUGCGCGUGUGUGUGUGUGUGUGCGCGUGUGUGUGCGCCGGAUAAGGGGUGUUAUAGGGUGGAGGCAAAAGCGUUUUGUCUUAGGUUUUUUCUUUUUUUUUCCAUCUCUGCAUGCUGAAACCAUUGGAACUUCAUACAUUAAAUAAUAAUAAAACUA